AUGGAAGAUGAAAGUGAUUUCAGAUACCCCAAUGCUGAAGGAUUCUUGGCGCUGUACAGAGGGAAACAAUACCAUCUCUUUGAUUGGCGUGGAGCAGGAAAUGCACCGACAACUGGAAGAGAAUUUUUCAAUAUGAAACAUUCUUCAGCAAGGAACGUUAUCGAGCGAGCAUUUGGGUUGCUAAAGGGGCGGUGGGCUAUUCUUAGGGCAAAAUUAUUCUACCCAAUACAAGUCCAAUGUCGAAUAAUAACUGCAUGUUGCCUUAUUCAUAACUUGAUCACAAGGGAGAUGGGAAUCGAUGCAAUGCUUGACGUGCCCGAUGAGGAGAAUUCAACAUCAGUUGGUCUUGAUGGGGAUCAUAUUGAAUUUGUUGAAUCAUCAAAUGAAUGGACCAAGUUCAGGGAUGACUUGGCAGUCGAAAUGUUUAUUCAAUGGUAG